AUGUCCAAAGUGGCUAAGUACCGGCGGCAGGUGAGCGAGGACCCCGAUAUUGACAGCCUGCUGUCCACCCUGUCUCCCGAGGAGAUGGAGGAGCUGGAGAAGGAACUGGACGUGGUGGACCCGGACGGGAGUAUCCCCGUGGGGCUGCUCCAGCGAACCCAGACAGAGAAACCAUCCACGGGCGUGUGUAGCCGGGAGGCCAUGCUCAACUUCCGCGAGAAGGAGACCAAGAAGAGGCUGCAGAGGGAGAUGUCCGUGGACGAAAGCAAGCAAGUGGAGACCCAGCCAGAUGCCAAGAACGGAGAGCACAGAGGCAAGGACGCCAGCAAGAGAGUGCUGGGCCCCCGGCGGGACUCAGACCUGGGCAAGGAGCCAAGGAGGGGGGCCCUGAAGAAAAGCUUGUCCAGAGACAAGGAGGAGGCCCCUGGCAAGGGCGGGGACAAGCCCAAGGAAGAGAAGAUCAUCCGGGGCAUCGACAAGGGCCGCGUGCGGGCUGCCGUGGACAAGAAAGAGGGCAGCAAGGAGGGCAGUGGAGAGGAGAAGGCCAUGGCUAGGGAGGAGAAGGAGAAGGGAGCAGGGGAGAAGAGUGCAGGUGGGAACAGAGACAAGGACAAGAAGCGAGAAGACACGAAAGAGCUCGGCAGGAAGGAGGAGGCAGGGAAGGAGCCGGGGCCCAGCAGGGCCGGAGACCCCCGGGAGGAGGCCCAGAAGGCGGGGGCCGGCGACCGGGCCGCAGAGGCGAAGAAGGAGGACGAGAAGGUAAAGAGAGGGGCUGCGAGCGCAGGCACGACCAAAGAGGGCGAGAAAGUGCAAAAGGAUGAAGCCCCCAAAACGCCAGAGCCCCAGACGGAGAGCAAGGCCAAGCCGGUGGCGGAGAAGCCGGCCCCGGGGGCCCCCACCGCCACCCCGGGGCCACCGGCCAAGGCGGAGGAGGAGGCCGCGCCCAGCAUCUUCGAUGAGCCACUGGAGCGGGUGAAGAACAAUGACCCGGACAUGACGGAGGUGAACGUCAACAACUCCGACUGCAUCACCAACGAGAUCCUGGUGCGCUUCGCGGAGGCGCUGGAGUUCAACACAGUGGUCAGGGUGUUCGCCCUGGCCAACACGCGGGCGGAUGACCACGUGGCCUUCGCCAUCGCCAUCAUGCUCAAGGCCAACAAGACCAUCACCAGCCUCAACCUGGACUCCAACCACAUCACGGGCAAGGGCAUCCUGGCCAUCUUCCGGGCCCUGCUGCAGAACAGCACGCUGACCGAGCUGCGCUUCCACAACCAGCGGCACAUCUGCGGCGGCAAGACGGAGAUGGAGAUCGCGAAGCUGCUCAAGGAGAACAGCACACUGCUCAAGCUGGGCUACCACUUCGAGCUGGCCGGGCCCCGCAUGACCGUCACCAGCCUGCUCAGCCGCAACAUGGACAAGCAGCGGCAGCGGCGGCUGCAGGAGCAGCGGCAGACGCAGGAGGCCGCCGGCAAGAAGGACCUGCUGGACGUGCCCAAGGCCGGCGCCCUGGCCAAGGGCUCCCCCAAGCCUUCCACCCAGCCAUCCCCCAAGGCUUCUCCCAAGAACUCGCCCAAGCAAGGGGGUGCUCCCGCGGCCCCACCUCCUCCGCCUCCUCCCUUGGCCCCACCUCUGAUCAUGGAGAACCUGAAAAACUCCCUGUCACCCGCCACCCAGAGGAAGAUGGGGGACAAAGUCCUGCCUGCCCAGGAGAAGAACUCCCGGGACCAGCUGCUGGCUGCCAUCCGCUCCAGCAACCUCAAGCAGCUCAAGAAGGUGGAAGUGCCCAAACUGCUCCAGUAGCACCAGCUGCCAGGUACGGCCUGCCCAGGCCCCCCACCCGCCGGCCGACCUGCUGUGGAUGUCCCUGUCUUGCCACCGGAGAUUUGAGGCCUGGGCCACGCUCAAGGAAGGCUGCUGCCUCAGCUCGCCUCACGCCGCCCAUCUCGUCUCUGAGGCUCGCCCUGUUUCCUUCUGACCGGGAGCGAGCGUUCAGGAUGAGAGUUGUAGCACGUCACCAGGAGGACGCCACGCCGCGCCAUGGGGCUGGCGAGCUGCAAAAAGGCUGAUGAACCGGUGGCGUCCCCCGGCCCCACUGCCGUCCAGGGCCAGGAUCCAGGACUCUGAGGAGCCCUGGGGGCAAUGCCGCGGGCCGGGGACGUUCUGUGCGGGACCACACAGAAGAUGGAGUGGACACAGGAUGCACAUAGAGGGGCUGAGGACACCCCCAGCCCCUCCCGCGCUGAUUAGGACGUGGCAGGGGCAGCGUCCAGAACCUAAAUAAAGAAAGUUCGGUGGCCUGGACGGGAGGUAUAUGGGGGUGCCCAGACGAGUGGUCGGGGACAGACAGCCGCUGGACCUGAAGGUUUGAUGCCAAAGCAAAUGUCCUCACCCACCCGCUGUUGUAUAAAUAGCCGUGUAUCUGUUUUUCUGUAAGAUUUUGAUAAUAUAUACAAGCCGUCUGCUGGG